AUGCAAAAAUGGUGGAUUUACGGAGUGAAACGGACGGAAAGAAAGAGAAGGGGACCCGAUCCCAAACGUGUCACGGUUGUUACGGAAUCUUUCGCCAGCCAGAACCAAGAUAAUCUUGAACACGACUCUCAACCUAAUAUCUUGGAGCCUGAAAUAAAUAUUGUCGAAGAAAAUUCGACCGCUUUGGAUAGUGAUCUUCCAGAACAGAAUUUAAGCGUAUUGGGUCUCAAGCCAAAUGUUGACAGUAUCGAUGGUGAACCAAUUCAUGAUGAAAUUGCCAUUCGUUGGAAUUCCUAUUUGUUGAAGGGUUUAACGAAAGACCAGCGAAACGAUCUUCAUAAAACUUAUAAAAUCCCUGUAAAUUGUAAAGCUCUGCUCCCUCCACAGGUUAAUAGUGAAAUCAAAGCUUUAUUACCUAAAUCCGCACAGGAACAUGAUAAAUAUAUGGCCAACUUACAACAGCAGCAGGCUCACGGCCUAUCAGCCUUAGGCACCCUACUACAAAACAUGCUUCCUAACUUAGAACAAUCGGAAAAUGUCAAGAUUUUAGCAGACGCUUGUCAAUUGUUUAGCAACGUUCAUCAUGACAUAUCGGCUCACCGAAAAUAUAAAAUAAUUCCCCAUUUGAGUUACGAUUGUAAAAAGGUCGCGAGAAGUAUGGAGAUGGAUGAAUUCCUUUUCAACAAAACUUUCGCAGAGGCGGUUAAAACGGAGCAGUCUUUAAAGAAGGCCAGUGCUGUCUUCAAAAAUAAGAAAUCUUGGCAACAGCCGUAUUCACAACCUGGACCUUCAGGUUCACAGACUCCCAAGAAUUAUUUAAACGAACAGCGUCCAAUUUACAAGGGACGCAAAAAGGAGAGGGGGGAGAAAAAGGAGAAGAAUUCGUUAGAUCACCGCCCCAGAUACAGGAACACAGCCAAGAAAUUUUACAAACGAUAUUAAGUCCCACGUCAGAGAGAGAGUCAUCCACUUCACAAGGAGAUUUCCCUGGUGGCGGGGAAAUUAUUCGGAAGACUCUUCUGAAUAAAGGGGUUCCUGAGUGUGCCAUUGAUGUCAUGAUCGCAUCUUUAACAAAAAGCACUAUGAAGCAGUAUUCAGCAUGUUUCAAAAAGUAUUGGAAUUUUUGCCUAAGUAAAGGACAAGAUCCAUUUGUGUAUAAAUUACAAACUUACUUAGAAUUUUUAUCAGAACACUUAAACCAAGGAAAUUCCUUUUCGGUAAUCAAUUCAUAUAGAUCAGCGUUAAAUUUAAUAUUUGGUCCUUUAGAAACCGGUGAUCAGAAAAUAAUAACAAGAUUUUUGAAAGGCGUUGCCAAUGUUCACCCACCAAGACCUAAAUAUUCUUUCACGUGGAACCCUGAUCCGGUCCUGGAACACUUAGAAUCAUUAUACCCUUUAGAAAAUCUAACUAUAGAAUUGCUAGUAAAGAAACUUGUCACACUUAUGGCUCUGACUUCAGCUAGUAGGGUACAAACACUCUCAGUAAUAAAACUUGAGAACAUCAAUAUUAAGCCAGACAAAAUUGAGAUAAAAAUUCCGGAAAGAAUAAAAACGACUGCCCCAGGUAGAUAUCAACCGUUGUUAAUUUUUCCAUUUUUUAACAAUAAUCCGAAACUGUGUGUAGCCUCCACUAUUGUAGCAUAUAUAAAUCAAACACAGUUGUGUCGCAAAGAUGUGAAGAAUCUCAUAUUGACCUUAAGAAAACCUAUUCACGCUGCAUCUUCACAGACCAUAAGUCGCUGGAUCAAAAAGACCUUGUAUGAUGCAGGAAUAGAUACAUCAGUCUACUCUGCCCAUAGUAUAAGGCAUGCAUCCACAUCAGCCGCUUUUAGGGCUGGUGUAAAUAUCGAACAAAUUCGAAAUACGGCAGGUUGGACACCGACUUCAAAAACUUUUUUCAAAUUUUACAAUAGACCCUUGAAAGAACCUAACGAUAAUUUUGCCAGGGCAAUUAUGAACCUGGGCAAAUAAUUUUUUUUGUAAUUUCAUGUUACUUGAUAGUACCUGUACCUUUUAUUAUUCUGUCUCAAUUAAAGACGAUUCUGGAACUGUUACUUUAAUUCCAGAUUGUGAUGAUUCACUCUGUAUGAAAUAUUCAAUUUAUAUACUGAAUAUAUUUUAUUCGAAAAA